UGCGCAUGCGCAGGCUGCGAGGCACUGCUGCUUCCAACAACAAGCAGGAGCCAGCAACAUGGCCGACCUGGGGAAGAAGUACUGCGUGAACUGCCUGGCGGACGUGACGAAUCUGCGGCUCCGCUGCACUGACUGCCAGGAUAUCGAACUGUGUCCCGAGUGCUUCUCCGCGGGGGCCGAGAUUGGCAACCAUCGGCGAUGGCACGGCUACCAGCAAGUGGACGGCGGCCGCUUCACUCUGUGGGGUCCCGAGGCGGAGGGAGGAUGGACGAGCAGGGAAGAGCAGCUGCUGCUCGAUGCCAUCGAACAGUACGGCUUCGGCAACUGGGAGGACAUGGCGACUCACGUGGGGGCGUCGCGGACGCCGCAGGAGGUCAUGGACCACUACGUGAGCAUGUACAUCCACGGCAACCUGGGCAAGGCCUGCAUCCCCGACAGCAUCCCGAACCGGGUGACGGACCACACGUGCCCGAACGGCGGCCCCCUCUCGCCCAGCCUGACCACGCCCCUGCCCCCGCUGGACAUCUCCGUCGCCGAGCAGCAGCAGCUGGGCUACAUGCCGCUGCGGGACGACUACGAGAUCGAGUACGACCAGGACGCCGAGAAGCUCAUCAGCGGCCUGUCGGUGAACUACGACGACGACGACGUGGAGAUCGAGAUGAAGCGCGCCCACGUGGACAUGUACGUGCGCAAACUGCGCGAGCGCCAGCGACGCAAGAACAUCGCGCGGGACUACAAUCUGGUUCCCGCCUUCCUGGGCAAGGACAAGAAGGACAAGGAGAAGGAGAAGCCGGCCCUCGGGGGCGGAGCGAGCGGAGCCGCGGCGGGAGGGGGCGGAGCCGGCGGAGCGGCGGCGGCGUCAUCGACGGCACCCUCCGCGACGGCGGGUUCGUCCGGCGCGCCGCCCGCGCCCAAGCGCAAGAUCACGAAGGAGGAGAAGGAGCAGCGGCUGAAGCUGCGCGCGCUUUGCCAGUUCAUGGCGCACAGGGAGUUUGAGGAGUUCUUCGAGAACAUGCACAAGGAGCGCGUGCUGCGGGCCAAGGUGCGAGAGCUGCAGCGCUACCGCCGCAACGGCAUCACCAAGCUCGACGAGUCGGCCGAGUACGAGGCGGCACGCCACAAGCGCGAGAAGCGCAAGGAGAAUAAGAGUGUGGCACAGUCCAAGCGGGGGAGCGGCGCUGGGGCGGGGGCGGGGGGCGGGACCGCCGGGGGCGGCACCGCCGGCAUCAAGGAGGAGGGCAAGGACAGCGAGUUCUCCGCCAUCGAGAACCUCUCGGGCUUCGAGCUGCUGUCGGACCGCGAGAAGGUACUGUGCACGUCGCUCAACCUGAGCCCCAUGCGGUACGUGACCGUGAAGACCAUCAUCAUCAAAGACCACCUGCAGAAGCGGCAGGGCAUCCCUGCCAAGAGCCGCCUGCCCAGCUACCUGGACAAGGUCCUCAAAAAGAGGAUCCUGAACUUCCUGACGGAAAGCGGCUGGAUUUCGCGUGACUCCUCCUAGUGGCCGCCCUCCUCUGUGUUUGUGCACCUGACCGCGCCGCACGGGUUCCACGGGUCCUACGCCAGACUGCUCGAGUCGAAUGCCUUUCGGAGGGUCUUCACACUUACUUUUGUACCCCGGCCAUCUCCUGUAAAUAUAAUGUGUACGUAGUUUAAAAAAAAUAAUAAAUAAAAAGGACUAUUUGUUUUUGAGAAAAGUGAAAAAGUGCACAAAAAGAAGAAAGUAUAUAUUUUUGGAUGAUGCGAAAAGAGCCGCGAGUGUACGCUGCUGUCCCAGGGGGGUGGGGGCGCACUCCACGCCGCACUCCCGCCUGUCGACGCUGUGCCUACAGAGAACGUUGUCGCUCUUCUCCGAGCUGGACUGCAGAGGGCGCUGUUUACAGACUCUGUGUCCUGCUGCACAUGGCUCAGAUUACCCAGGAUGCUUUUCUGUGCACACUGCUGUACUAUGUUGUUUCCACGGUUCUGAUCCGAGCUGUGCUGUCUCUCUCUGCUGGGUCGUGCGCCGGGUUCUGGACACUGAACGAGAGUCAUUUUGAGAGUUAUGUUGACAUUUUUCAGGUAUGAAGAAGAGAAUUUUCAGUGUCAGCCUUUACAGCUCAGUGUUUUGGCAGCUCAGUCCUUGUCCAUUAUGACUUUUCUAGACGCCACCGUGACUCUGGACGCUUCGGGAAGAGCAGGGAUGAUGGGCUUCUGUCCGCACAAGAGUCACCUAAUGCCCUGCUCGGGCUCCCACGUGUCCCUUGGACGUGUCCCUUGCAGUUCCGACAGAGACAAUGAACCUGAAGGUCACGUGGAGUCUCAUUACUGUGAGAAACAAAACUUUUUUUAAGGAAGAUGCUUUAACGUUUUGCAAUGGGCAUUAAGCUUUUACACUAUUUCUAAAAGCACAAGGAAGAAAAGCUGAAGUUUGCCAAACAGACGUAUUUUGUUGGAUGUCGGCUUUUGUCUGCUUCCAGGCUCCUCUACGUUGUUCGUGCGGUGAAUCGUGACACUCAGUCGUGAUGAUGCUCCUUCUGUGGUCAGUGUCCAAAAGCACGUGUGUCCUUACUGGCUGCUCCGCUGCGUACGAAUCCGCCCCUUAAACGGGCCGCUUGUUUUGUCCAGACGGCUGUCGGAGACUGAGCUGCGUCUCUGUAGCGGUUUGUCUGCUAGAGUAACAGUGUCUCGAUGUUUGCGGUGUCGCUGUCCCUCUUGCUGAGGCUUGUAUUUGUUUCUUGUGCAAUUGUGUGUGUGUGUGUGUGUGUGUGUGUGUGUGUGUGUUCUGCAAGGCUCGGUUACAAAACACUUGCAUCUUUACAGCCCUCGUGGAACACGGGAGGCUCGUGUGGCUGCUGAACAAUCCCCGUGUUUUUGGUGGGUCGCGCACUAGAAAAGGCGCUGGGCUGUGUAUGAUUUUGAGCUCUAACGUCGCUGCGGCUGCAAGGCGGUUCACUACGGUUCACUACACUAUACAGCGCUGGGGGUUGAAAGUGCUGCUCCCUCCUGCCUCUGCGUGUGACAAGCGUGUAACAGGAUGAGGUCUGGAAACGCAGGAUGCUGAGGUCACCUACUGGCAGGUGCCUUGUCACUGCUCUCCUGCAGAGCUUCAGGAAGUGUUAACAUCUCUGAAUUCAUGUUUCUCCAGUUUUCACUGCCGAUGGAAUGAAACAGACAUGGAGCAAAGAGGGACACAGCGGUGCGAGAAGAAAUGCUGCUGCUUUCCAGGCUCUAUAGUUUGUUUAGCUUUUGAUCUCUUUUGGUGUCUCUGAGAAGUGGAGCUGUUGGUGCAGUGGAGACACGGGUUCCGGAACAGUGUUGGUUCACGAGCAGGUCGCCCUCUCCAACAGCGGUUCCUCUCCCCGGUGUGAAGAGCUGCAGGGGAUGUGGACCCACACGGGUUUUGCAGUCGGUCCGGAAGGCACUGGGACGUUGCUCAGUGGAUUGGGAGCGAGGGGAGCCCAGACUUGGUGUGUUAUGGAGACGACCUGCGAGAGGUAGGACCCUAUAACACGGUCACUCACCUCCCUCCUGUGUGUGUGUAUGAGCACUAGCCCUAGGGGGAAGGUGUCUGAACAGAUCAGGAGCCUCUGACCCUGUGUCCCCAGUGAAGGAGAGCUUUCCUGACCAGAGCAGUUGUGUGUGUGUGUGUGUGUGUGUGUGUGUGUGUGUGUGUGUUACUGAAGGUCAGCUGGUGGCAGUGGGGUUUAGACACCACAUGUAAGGUUCAGGGAUUUAACUGGACUUCAAAAUAUUAGCGGUAUUGUGCCAAAAAAUACUUGUAAAACCUAAAAGUAAAAGACACCUAUAAACCCUCUGUAUUCUAAACAUUUUUUGUGUUCACAGCCCCAACAUUAGUGGGCACAACCAUUCGUAGAGGAGUGCGUUCUGUCCUUCCGUGCUCUUUGUUGGGGUUUCUCUUGUACCUUCCUGUGCAGAGCUCGGUGUGUGUGUGUGUGUGUGUGUGUGUGUGUGUGUGUGUGUGGGUGUGGGUGGGUCUGUGCUGCACUUCAAGCCGCUCCCUGUUCUCCUUGCCGUGCGUGAAUCGCUUUGCAAGCGUCCCACUGACCUGAACUCGAACGCGCAAGGCCCCACACGCACUGCCAGUGACGCUGAACGCUAAUCAGUGAACUCCCAGCAGUAGAUGUUUGCCGUUGCUUCUCCAGUUCAGUUUGUUUGCCAGUGAAAGGUCGGCAUUGUGAAAAAGCUCUUAUUUCUUUCCUUCCCAAAGACACCAACUUUGAUAGAAUAUCUGCUAAUUUUUCAGGUUUUAAAAGAUACUUUUUCCUCCCAGCCCUGUCUCAGAAAAACAAGCAUCUAUUUUCUUGCACAUUAUCAGUGUGGACGUAUACAAAAUGUCAGUAAUGCAUUUCAAAUCCACAUAUUAAUAAUUCGUUAAUUUAUGAGAGUUCCAAGUCAUAGGCAAGAAAGAAAAAAUGCUUUGUCAUUGGAAAUGCUUUAGGUUUCUAUGUUGUUUCAUUGGCAUUUUGUCAAAUAUUUUAGAAAAUAUUUUUUGUAAAAACAGAAAAAUAUUAUAAAUGCUGACCUGUGAAAUGUAAAGUAUUUUAUUUCAGGAAGACAUUUUAUAAGUUUUAUAAUAAAACUGAAAAAAAGAACUAAAAAUGGAAAGUGUUGAAGAAGCCUUCCGUGUCGUCGUCUCAGCAUGCCGUAAACACGUCCCUGUCUGCGUCGCGUGUGCGUAGCGACUCAAGGCCUUGUACAGUUAGUGUUGUGAGGAAGGCUUCCUUCGUUCUUCACUUCGUUGUUGCACAUGACAAGGUGUCAUUACAUGUUUUGUAUUAAAGUUCACAUUACUGUACGUGUGCUGCUGCUCCUCUUUGUUCUCCAGGUCCUGCUCUGUGUGUUAAGCUCAGUAAGGUGUUGUUCUACACCCGUUGGAUUCACAUAUUUCAUGAAGAACUUUACUUCACUCACUUUGAUUCAGCGAACAGGUCCAUGUGGUGACUACAAAUGGACACACCAGGCACUGGUAAGACAUUAAUGGUUUUCCAUGCAGAUAGGUAAGUGAGGCCAACACCUUCGCCUGCGCUUUCCUCGGGGACAGACGGGCGGUAACUUACAAAUCCAGGUCACGUUACAAAUGCUAUCCAGUAAGGUGUGGCUCACAUACAAGCUAGAGUCCUUGCAAUGCUUCUCUGACUUUCUCAGAUGCUCAGACUCAGGUUUCUUACUUGGAAACCAGAAGAGCCAGAGUGUAGUCCGGAAGAAAGCGGAGCAAGGUCUCACAGUUGGGAGAGACUCCUGUCUUCAGGACCGCACUCUGAACCAGAUUCCUCUCUACGAACUGGGGGCUCAAUUAGGUAAUCAAUAGCUAUGCCAACUAGACGCAGCAGUUUGCUUGUUCUUGUUCAGUAGAAAAGCUGCUUGCUUUCCUCUCUGUACCGCUACACUACCAAAUUAUCCCUUUUCUGGAAACCUUCAGCGUGAACUUGGACAGCCCACACGAGGAGGAAUCGGAUAUGACCGUAGUAACCUCGAGCUGGUGGACUGCCUGAAAUUUGAAGGCCUGUAGUGGAAUACCAACCGAUAUUCCAAGCACUGGUGUCCUUCGUGGUGUACAGCCAGUGGAGAAGGCAACGGCGAUGCUUGGUACAGACGAACUCUCCAGCAGAUACUGCCAGUAUCGGGUUAGAACCACCCACUCGGUAGCCAAACAUUCCUUCUCAAUGGUACUAUAGCACUGCUGCCUUGGUGACAGUUUUUAGCUGAUAUUUAAAAUAAGGAGGUUCUUCCUCUACCUUCCAGGACAGGAUGGGCCUCAACACCCCUGCCCAGGUCAGCUGGCUAUAGCAAAAAAGGGGGGGGAAUCAGGCCCUAGUUCUACAGGUGUACCAGUAGCAGGUCCUGAGUUUUCAUGAUUACCCACCACUAAAUAGGACCUCACCUACUUUUUCAUCUUGGGCCUAAGUGUUGAACAAGCAGAGAUGGCUGCUAACUUUGAGACUGGAACUGGCCUUUGCUCAAGGGGAACCCCAGAUACCGAACCUUGCGGCUCCAAGCUGUACACCUUGUUGGGUUCACUGUGAGCCCAACCUGCCUCAGUGACUUCAGGAUGGUUCUGAAAUGUAUCAGAUGGUGCUGCUGGUUGGUGCAUUACUCAGUGAUGUCACCUUAGUGUGCAGAAGUUCAGGCUGCCUGGGGGGUGGAGGGACUUAUAAGACCUUGAAAUAUGGUGAGGUCUUGUGAAAUCCAAAUGGAAGACUGAUAAACUAGUGUAAACCAAAGAGUUGAGAAACCCCUGAUCUACUUACAUGAUGGAAAUGAGAGAAUUAGCAAGUAGCCCUUGGUUAUGUCCAUUGUCCAAAAAACUGAGAUAAACCAAGAUUGCCCAACAGCUCAUCCACCCAGAGAAUAGGGUAAGCAUCAAAUUUUGUGACUCUUCAUGUUGCUCAACACAGAAACAAACCAAGCUAACCUGAUAAGGUUGAAGCUGUAUUGAACUAUUCCACGGGGUUGUAGAUCCCUACUAUUACUAUCAUUUUACUGCUUCACUACCUUUUAUUUCCGAACAGAGACAAUAGUGGCGAUUUUGAUCCAACUGAAUCACCUAAGGCAUCAUCCCCAACUUGGUGUGUGACCGUAAAGAGGCACAGUACUCUGUCAGUUUGCCACAAUCCUGGAAUUCAGCUUUCUGUGAGAAUUGGGUGACAUCAGUGACCCUAGCUGUAAAUGAAAGCUCGAAACUGUACCUGCUCCACUUGAACAUGUAAAAUCAAUGUUUGUAAUUGACUGUAUAUUGGUGCCUCACAACCAUUACAUUUUGGACAUUAAAAACAAGGUUACUUCUGUGCUAGACAACAUAUUAAGGCAGUCAGGGGUGGCCUAUUAUCCUUGUUCAGUUUCAUUUUCACGUUUACAUAUGCUUUUUUUGGUCACGCAGCAAGCACUAGCCAGUCCUGUAUGAAAGCUAUUUCUACCACCUACAAGCCUUGCGAAUGCUGCCAGAAGCUUUGAGCUGCUAAGCUGUUCUGAAAAAAGGACAUCCAUUGUCCUGUUACCAAAAAUAGAGCCGGUCAUGACCAUUUAUUCAGUCUCCAAAAUACCUGUAAAUCGUGUUUUAAAGUCCAUUUGUUAGAUGGCAGUACAAGGAACCUUGGCAACACCGAAAUGUUCAUACAGUACCACCUUCUUCCCUCCAUUUUUUUCAUACAAUCCCACUCUUUCAAAGUUUUGUAUUUUCUGUGGCUAAAUCCUCAAAAUGUACAGUGCCGGAACAUCAGUUUCAAUUUGGAAUGUUUAUGGAAAAGAGGAAAGAAAAAAAUAAACUGGCAUUAUAAUCAUAUUUUAAGAGUUUAUACUGCAUACUCGCUCCUCACCUUACCACUACAACUAGGACUGAAGUUUGUAUGCAACUCAUUUUGUUCAUAACUCUGAAGUCCCUUUAAACCACUAUAAGGUUUAAUAAUACACACACACACACUUUCAGAACCGCUUGUCCCAUACGGGGUCACGGGGAACCGGAG